CCUGCCUCCCACAAAUGUCAUUCAGAAAUACCUGUUGUACAUAACCUCAAAAACGUUGUUUACUCAUAAUCCCUACAAACAUAAAUCUAACAUUUAUUUUCUACCUUAGAAGCACUCAUUUUUCAACAAUGAAUGCGCCACCGACCUUCGAGUCAUUUUUGUUGUACGAUGGAGAGAAAAAAAUCAUCAGAGAACAAGAUACCAAGGUGCCAAAUGCGGCUAUUUUCACAAUAAACAAAGAAGAUCACACUCUUGGAAACAUGAUCCGAAAUCAGUUGCUUAAAGACCCCAAUGUAUUGUUUGCUGGAUAUAAAGUGCCUCACCCCCUUGAACAUAAAUUCGUACUAAGAAUUCAGACCACGUCUGACUAUUCUCCUCAAGAAGCCUUGAUGAAUUCUAUUACAGAUUUAAUUUCAGAGUUGUCUUUGUUUGAAGAGCGUUUUAAGGAGGCAAUUAAAGAAAAGAAGGAAGGACUUGACUAAAUACGGCGUGUAGUUUUAUUUUAUUUUGUGGUUAAUUAAUAGCUAUGUAAGUGAGAUUUGUAUUUAAAAAAUUACUGAAGAUAUUU